GGAAAGAGACCGACAACUUGAAUCAAGCCUACCCAAUGAGAAGCCGCAGAGGAACAGGCUUCCCCUCAGCUUGCCCUAAGCCCGUUGCUGUUUCUCAAUGCUCUCACAUCACGCCACUAAUCGUUGAUGUAACACUUCCCCUUCUCCUGAGUACCAUUGUAAGCGUGUCACUGCACAGAGGUUGGCAGUCCGACAAACUCACUCAAUAUCACAAAAAAACCACUAGAUUAGAAUGCGAGGGGUUGGUUCAGAAUGUUCAAGCUUUUGAUUCACUCACUUUUUCCACUUUUGAACCCAUUCAGCAAGUGAUUCAAAAUUCCCCCAGGUGA